CACAAGCUCUGCCACGUCUGAGAAGCCGCCCAAAAGCAUUGCGCGACCUUGCCAACUGUACAAAAGCCUCAGGUACUUGAUAUAUCCACGUGGGUUCUGUAAACGCGCGCGGGGAACUUUGUCACUACGAAAGAGCUUGGAGUCAGGUGGCCUACGUCAUAGCCGACAUGUUUCCUCCGGCCCAGGGGUUGCGCCUCGACAUUGAUGCCAUCAGUCAAAUCUUUGGAUCCAUCAGCAUCGCAUGCUGGAUAGUCGUGUUUUCGCCCCAAAUCAUUGAAAACUGGAAGAGGAGCUCCGCAGACGGGCUUUCUGUCGUGUUUAUUGUAAUAUGGCUUCUCGGCGACUUUUUCAACAUCAUAGGAGCGGUGCUGCAGGGAGUGCUGCCAACCAUGAUUAUCCUGGCUGUCUACUACACGCUCGCAGACAUUGUCCUGCUCCUCCAGUGUUUCUGGUACAAGGGCUUCACGCUGCGCGACGACUUCAAGAAACCCAUGAACGAAUCGGAUCAAGACAGCGAGGUCAGUGAGCAAUCGCCGCUUCUCGCAGAGUCCAGACCGCAGUCCAACGGUUCUCCUUACACCAACCAAAACGGCAACGGCAUCGAGGUACAGCGACCGAGGAUCUCAGACUACGAGAGACGCGGGUCAGGCCACUCGCAGGGCUCUUUCCGUGAGCGCUUUCUAUCUAUCGACGGCACCCAUCUUUCGCCCGUCACGCCACUCAUUGAUGACCCUGCAUGUGGAUACGGGAACGGCGCGGUUGUGACGAGCCCCCCGCCAUCGCAGUCGAAUCUCCAAACCAUUGUCUUCAACGUUAGCACUGUCAUUCUCGUCUGCGCUGCCGGUGUCUUUGGCUGGUAUCUUAGCGCGCGCAACUCUACCGCUCCCAACCCACCCGAUGAGCACGAUCCCUCGUCGGACGCAACGCUGCAUUUCAACCUGUGGGGCCAAAUCUCUGGCUACGUCUGCGCAGCGUUAUACCUCGGCUCGCGCAUCCCACAGCUCCUGCUCAACUACCGCCGCAAGUCGACCGAGGGCAUCAGCAUGCUCUUCUUCCUGUUUGCGUGUCUAGGCAACUUGACAUAUGUGCUCAGCAUCCUAGUCUACAAGCCCAAAUGCGGAGGUCUCGCAUGUCACGGCGGCCAAGCAAGAGCAGAAUACGGCAAGUACAUUGCUGUGAACAUGAGUUGGUUGCUGGGAAGCUUUGGUACCUUGCUGCUCGACGCUGGCGUGUUUGUACAAUACUUCAUGUAUAGGAAGGAUGAAGAUGAGAGCAGUGAUGAGGAGGAGUAGGUUUGGCCAUGUAAAUGAAGUCAGAUGUGGGGUUGAUUUAUGAAACUGUACAUUAGAAAAGUU